AACGCCCCCGACUCCGGCUGAACCUGCGCACUUGUCACCAGCUGAUCAGUUUGUUUACACUCGUGGUACAUGUUGGAGGAACAAGAGAGACCUGCUGCCACAACCCACUAACUCAAUUAAUUAUCCAAUAAACGUGACAAGAUGCCGUUCAUGAAGGGCAAGGCGCCCAUCAGGAGGACACUACAGUACCUACAGUCCUCCCGUCUGGUGCUGAGGGAGAGAGUCAAGGUGGUGACCGUGAACUACAACACCAUCGGGGACCACCACAAGGGGGCGCAAGAGUUUGUGUUCUGGCACCUCUCACAGCUACAGUAUAAAAACCCACAAAUACAGGUUGCCACGUUCAAGAACAUAACACCGUCACCAUUUAUACGAGUAUUCUUAGAUGACGGGGGAGACGUCCUGAUGGAUGUCGACUCUAAAUCUAGGUCCGACAUCCACGAUCAUUUUAGGAAAGUGUUUUGUAAAUCCGACACCAAACUAGCGGAGGAAGAGAGAGAACGCCAGAGUCGCGACAACCCGGCAAACUUUGGAUGGGGAUGUGACCGACAAUGUAUCUGUGAGGUGCCCGGGCAAGUGCCUUGUCCUGGUGUAGUCCCGGUGCCUAAGUUGAUGAGAGGCAAAUAUAAAUAUGGAAAGGUUUUGGACUAAGUUUCAAAUUUCAUUGUCUGGAAUAAGUGAACACCACUGUGUUGUUGCUCUAGGGUGGCAAGUGUUAAACUGUAUUGGGUGUUGACCUUUAUCGUGUUAAUGUAUAUAUAGACAAUAUCCCAUUCUGCCUAUACUGUACCUACUUUUGUAUAAAAAAUACAAUUAAUAAAAAGUAAUAUUAA